AUGUCAUCGGUUUUUGUGAACGGUUUUAACUAUGGGAUUGAAAGAGCUGCUGCUUCAAGGGUAAGUACAUACACAUUUUGGAUUCUUAUAUUAACAUUUUUUUCUUUUCGAAUUAUAUUUUUGAAGUAACUUUGUUUACCCGAUUUUAGCAAUUAUCUUACGCCAUCGUUGAAGCCAAAAGAAAGGCUGAAAUGAAUAAUUUGAUGGUCGGAUUGAAGAAGGCGAUAGAAGAUGUUCACACGGAGAACGUUGAAGCGAUGGUUGAGGAUUCUGAACUACUUGCAUCGUGUAGCAAAGCCUUUAACACGGCCGAAGAAGUUUUGGGAAGGAUUGAGCGUAAGUUUCUUUACCAAUUUCUGUUGAUUUUAGCACAAAACAUUCUUAAUCAUUGUUUAUGAUUUUUCUUACCCUUGAUUUUGCAGGUUGUCCUAUGCAUUUGUAUGCUCCUCCACCAGUUUAUCAGGUAUAUCCUACUUCGUAUUAUCAGCCAUCACCGUAUUAUCAGUCAGCACCUCAGGAAUUUAAUCAAGGUCAUCCAAUGAUGGUGCCUUUGCGUCCACCUGUAUUGCGACCAAUCCCCCGGUUUCCACAACCCCAGCCCGAGGCGAUGGUACUUUCUGAUGGACGCAGGGCCCGGGUGAUCGUUGUUCCCGCAAGGACAAUGGCACCUAUUCCUCGGCCAGUUCAAGUGGUGGCUCCAUUGAGACGGGAAGAACAAUAUAAGGAGCCAGUGGCACCAGUUGUCAACGCAAAGAAGAGGAAGAUUUCUGAUGAGAAUGGAAGUGGAUCCAAAAAGAAGCUGAAGAUGGGAAUGAAAAUUAAGAAUAAUACAUUUAUUACUGACUAUUUCAAAGCCAAUUAA